AUGAUGUAGGAGUAGCUGCAUACACAAGAGUAGCACUGAGUUUGGGAAACAGCUAAUAUGAAUAUAAGAAGGUUUGACCAUGAGACAAAUCUCUAUUCAGGUAGGUAGGCAUUUAGACAGGAGCUUUCUUGUGAAAAACUGUGUGACCUGAUACUGACCUAGGGUACCUACCACUGCCAAACGUAAAGAAAUGGACGUCGGUGCAAUCAGAAAAAAAUCCAAGAACGACAACAAACGAACCGGAAUCAUUCCUUCCUAUCGCGCUGAGCAGUUCGCUGCCAAAGAGAUAAACUUAAACGGCCCUACAUUUAUGGAGAGAAUCCGGGAACUCGAGACCCAAGUGAACAAUCUUCGCCUGAAUAACCAGAAACUUCACUCGGCGAUGGACGAACUACAGAAGAAUUCAACUAGUGCUCGACAACAGAAACAACCAGAGGAAUCGUACGCUUCCUCGCAGAAUGGCAUACCCGCCUGGGCAAACCAGAAAGAGCGGCUCCCAGACGGUAGAUUGAAUCUACACUACCGCCCUAACCACGAGUUGAAUCUAUCUCAUCCCACGGAGGACGAGCUAGAUGAUUCAUGGAAAGUGUUUCUCGCGACGAAACCCUGCAAGAACGAGGGCAUGUUGCACUUCCUGCGACGAUUCCGAGAAGCAUUCUAUGCACUCCAGCUGCGCUGGCAAAACGGAUCUUUCGACCGAUCUAUCACGAUCGAUGUCUUGAAAACGUACACACCUAGCGUGUGGCUACAUAUCAUGGAUCACGAAAGGACUAUGAUGACGUCCCAGAUAAUAGAGGAGGCAGUGGUGCUAGGGGCCAUAGUCGAGCGAAUCGCGGUCGAGAGCAAGAUCUAUGGCACUCCAUCGACGACUACCUAUACUACUCGCCAGGGGUCCUGAAACCUGAAUAGCUUUCUAUGAGGAGAAGGAAAAUGUAAGAAUAACAUCGCAAAUGGGCUCGUUGCAGUGGGAAUACCUAUGUAGCUUAGUAGAUGGUGGGUGGUAUUUCUUGAUAAGAGAAUAUACCAUAUGUUACAUGCACAUAACAACACCUUUCGUUUUAAAGAGAAGACAAAUGGCUAUCUCUUUUCUCCCAUAUACCGGUACAACUGUCGCUAUAUAAUCUUAACUUAAACCCUAAAAACGCCUUUCAGAUAACUAAGUAGUUGGGAGUUGGAUUGAGAUCGGUGCGGCUGAUCUGAAGGAUUCGACAAGGUUUCAUCCGAUGUCUUAGUUAUAUCCUGAUUUUGUGCGUUCUAGGCGGUGCAUAUGGGGUUGUGGUUUAGGUGUAUCGUCUGGUAUUUUAGGCGUAGCCGCCUCAGAGUCAACCUGUAAUA